CAAAUGCUAACUUUAGCCUAGCCCAUUUUCAAUGGGUGUGUGCGUGCUUUUUAGAUCGGAGUGCCCCGCCCACCAAGCCAGCAUCGUUUUCACAUUUAGCUUAAAAAAAUGGACUUAUUGAGUCAGUUUCUUCCGUAUCUACACGAGUAUUUGUCAACUUAAAUAGUUAAAUCCAGUAUUACUUGUUACAUCUAACUAUAGAAUCUGAAUAUAUUUGUUAAACCCUGUUCGAAGCUAAAUGUGUCAAAAUACAAAAGGAACCUUGUAGUACGAAUACAAGAUGGGACAAUUUCUCUUUUUAUUGUACUGCAGGUGAAGACUGCAUCAAGAGAGAAACAAUGGGUUUGCAUUCAUCCCAGAAGAAACACUUCCCCUUGCGGGGGAUCGACGGUGUCGUUCAGCUCUUCGACGCCGAGCUCCGCAAGCCCGAGCCGGACCUCGCCCUCCUCUCCCUGGUCCUUGGUUUCGUCGAGCACUUCCUCGCCGUGAACCGCGUUGUCCCCGUCAACGUGCCCGGCGUGCGAUUUGAGCCGCUGGAGCCGGACUGUCCCAACUCGUGUUUCCCCACCGUAGAGCUGGGCAUGAUCUCGGCGCUGUAUGAGCGCUUCACAGCGCAGAUCCGCGGGGCCGUGGACCUGUCCCAGUACAGGCGGGCGGCGGCGGGGUCCAGUCGGGAACUGGUGAAGAAGGUGUCGGACGUGAUCUGGAACAGCCUCAGUCGAUCUUACUUUAAAGACCGUGCCCACAUCCAGUCUCUCUUCAGCCUCAUCACCGGGACAAAAUUGGACAGCUCGGGUGUGGCCUUUGCGGUGGUGGCGGCCUGCCAGGUCCUGGCCCUGAAGGAUGUGCACCUGGCCUUGUCCGAAGACCACGCCUGGGUCAUCUUUGGCAAGAGCGGCGAGGAGACUGCCGAGGUCACCUGGCACGGCAAGGGGAACGAAGACCGGCGAGGGCAGACGGUCGCGGCGGGAGUCAAUGAAAAGAGUUGGCUGUACCUCAAGGGCUCCUACAUGAAAUGUGACCGCAACAUGGAGGUGGCGUUCAUGGUGUGCGCCAUCAACCCCUCACUGGACCUGCACACUGACAGCUCGGAGCUGCUGCAGCUUCAGCAGAAACUACUGUGGUUGCUCUAUGAACGAGGUGACCUGGACAGGUAUCCGAUGGCGAUGGGGACUCUAGCAGACCUGGAAGACCAGGACCCAAUGCCAGGCAAAGAGAGCCCGCUGGAAAUCCACUUGAAGGCCGUCAGUUCGGCCCAGAAACAUUACAACAACGAGCACAUCUACCCCUACAUGUACUUGGCGGGCUUCCACUACAGGCACAGGAACGUGCGGGACGCGUUGAGGGCAUGGGCCGACGCCGCCCAGGUCAUGCAGGACUAUAACUACUUCCGCGAGGACGAGGAGAUCUACAAAGAGUUUUUCGACAUCGCCAAUGACGUCAUUCCUACGCUGCUCAAAGAGACCGCCGCCGCUGCUGAGAGUCCUGCAGAAGGUGACGUGGGAGAAGCGGAGCAGCCCAAGCAGCAGCAGGAGGCAGCGGCGGCGGCUCUCUCGGCGCUCCAGGACCCGGAAUGCUUUGCCCACCUGCUUUGCUUCUACGACGGCAUCUGCAAGUGGGAGGAGGGCAGCCCCACGCCGGUGCUGCACGUGGGCUGGGCCACUUACCUGGUCCAGUCCCUCAGCCGCUUCGAGGCACAGGUACGUCAGAAAGUGUCCAUCAUCACCAAAGAGCCAGAGUGUCAGGAUGACGACGACGCAUCCAGUGAGGAUCCCUGGGAGGGGCGCAGGCGAGUUCCCCGCAGGGAGUCUAAGCCGGAGGAGCAGAACUCUCCCCUCCCCGCCGCCCCCACCUCGCCGACUUCCCAGAUCACCACAACCGCGACAGCGGCCCAGCCCAAGAAGAUUGAAGGAGGCGCCCGCCGCCGCUCGGAAGGCAAGCCCAAGUCCCCUGGUUCCAACGCGGGGGCCUCUUCCCCAGUGCGGGCGGCAUCGCCGCCGCCGCCCCCCCGCCAGGCCCCCCCUGUUGUUGCCUUCCAGAGCGAGAAGAUGAAGGGCAUGAAGGAGCUGCUGCGCGCUGCCAAGGUGAACUCCAGCGCCAUCAAGCUCCAGCUCACCGCCCAGUCUCAGGUUCAGAUGAAGAGGCAGAAGAGCACACCGCCCGGCGAUUACGCCAUGUCCUUCAUGAAGAGGCAGCGCAAGUCGCUUUAGUUCAGGUUCCUUUCAGUCAAACAUCAUGACAAACGAGCCCUGCCACCAUUAGAGGAAAAAACUGCGUGGAACUGACUCCCUCCCGAACAUGUUUACAACUUGCAAAGUCAUUCUCAAGGAUCCAAAAUAUGCACAGUUUAGGAAAAUCAAUGUACUUUUGGUUUGGAGCGCUUUUUUUUCUUGUUGUAGUUCUGGGAGUUUACCAAUUGGCCUAAAAAAAGCAUAUCUGGGUUCACGUCAAAUUCCACGUCGGGAUAAAAUGCGCAACAACAGCUCGGCAAGAGAAUAGGUUUUAAAUAUUGUAUGCAACUUUUAAUUUUAUCAAGAUUGAUCACAUUUUGCCCGACAUACAAAGAUUGUCUCACGGUCGUGAUGUAUCACGUCAACAUACUUCCUUGACCCCGACUUUGCUUUCCUGUCAGACGGAGCUUUGGUGGCAUCUUGUGGCAUCAUAAAGUGCACAAUUGGUUCCUCUGCCAAAAAAACAACAACAACAAAAAAAUAACAAGUGAACCGUGAAUAUGUGGGGACGGCCGCACUUCAACUGCACACGACGACAUAUCAAACCUGUUGGUAAACAAACCAAAGCAUCGUGAAGGUGAUUCCAAUUAACUUUGUUUCAUCAGGACAUGUUGGAAAGACUGAAAGUUGGGAAAGUCCAUUUAGGAUAGUUACUGUGUAACAUUGUCCACUUCCGCGCUUAGGAUAGCUUCUUUCUUGCUAGCUCGAUGUUGCCUUACCUGAUUUUAUUUUAUUUUUUUUUUGGACUGGGCCUUUUUUAGUUUGGACAACUAGCGCAGCUCGGCCCCUUAUCUCGUGAUUUAGAGAGAACCACGCACUGUCCGCACAGGAUCGCAUUUAGGCGGUCCUCGUAUGUGUCCCUCGUGUGGUUUGGGCUUGUUUUUUUUUUUUGUUUUUUUUCCCCAUUUAAUUUUUUGGGUAUUUGCAGGUAAUAAAGAGAAAAUUGGAGGCUGA